UCCAUGCCCGAAGCAUUCGUCUGUAAAACAUAUUAAUAACCGAAAGCGGAGCUUGCACCUUUGGCAGUGCUGUGCGGCAGUUUAGUCGACACCGCUUAGCUGUUGAGUGGGAUCGAUAUCUCUUCGCGAGAGCGGCAUCUAGUCAAAUAGACGAUAGCCUUCCUGUGCACAAUGCAACGAAUUUCUACUUUCACCCUUGGCUAUGCCUUUGCACUAGGAACGCUUGUACUUGCCAAUAUUUCUAUACCCAAGAGCAAGAUGGACGGAUGGACGUUUUUCAACCGGUCACUCGACUUCGAAAUGACACAACGGAAUUAUAACCCCUCAGCGGGGCUCAAUGCAACAUUAUGCGUAACAGCUGCUUUUAAGCACAGCGAAAACGGGGCGCAUGAGUUAACGAAGGUGUUCUUUUAUAGAAAUAUUUCUUCAACAGUUUGGCCUAUUGCUAACGUCACCAUGAAAUUUCUGAGCACCGUAAAUACCUCUCGGUACAACACAGUAGAAUCCAAGAUAAAUAGAAGUUUUUAUGGUUACUCAUUGCCCCCGCCACAUUGGAGAUUUUUAUAUACAGAAGUUAACUGUACUGUUGUAAAAGUCCUCUCCGCUAGGCCUGGGAGGAUAGGGGUCUCCAAGAGAGCGGACAGCAAAUCUGAAUUGAGAGAAAUAAAUAAAUAUUGCGAACUUUGGGUUGCACAAUGGACUCAAUGGAAGAGGGGCUCGUACAAGCAAGCUGAGGCCAGCGCCAACUGCAGUGCAGCCUUUGAACUCAUGUGUAAUACAACGACUGUUUACAACGUGUCAGAGGCCAAGUACUGUGGACCGAAUUUAAUAAAAAGCUAG